GUUUCAUUGGACGUUGAAAAUCUUUAAAUAUAUCACCUUGUGAUGAAACAUCUACAACUUUGUGUUGACUUUCAUUUUAUGCGAAAAGGAUCGAUUUCUCCAGAUCGUUUUGAGUAACAUCAUGAGUGGAUGUCCGUUUUUGGGAAGGAAGCAUCAAUUGUUUAGCAGUAACUUCACUCAAGCAGAGGAAGAAGAUGAUUCUCAAAAAGGCUUUAACAAAGCCAGUAAAGGUGGGAUUGUUUAUGGAGAAUAUUUACAGCUUGAUAAAGUGCUGAAUGCCCAAGUCUUACAGAGUCAACAGAAAGGUAACAAAAUCCAUGAUGAGCAUCUCUUCAUCGUCACCCACCAGGCUUACGAGCUGUGGUUUAAGCAGAUAUUAUGGGAACUUGAUUCUGUUCGGGAGCUUUUCAUUAAAAAUCAUGUUCGAGAUGAGAGGAACAUGCUGAAGGUGGUGAGCAGGAUCCACAGGAUCACCAUGAUCUUCAAACUACUGGUGGAUCAGUUUUCUGUGCUGGAGACCAUGACUGCCCUGGACUUCUUUGAUUUCAGGGAAUAUCUGUCUGUAGCAUCAGGGUUUCAGAGUCUUCAGUUUCGCCUUCUAGAGAGUAAGAUUGGUGUGGCGGAUCAUUUGAGAGUCCCUUACAACAAACAGCACUACAGAGAUAACUUUCAUGGAGAAGAAAGUGAGAGUCUGCUAAGAUCACAAGAGGAACCCAGUCUACUGCGACUGGUUGAGAAAUGGCUGGAACGAACUCCCGGACUCGAAGGAGAUGGAUUUAACUUUUGGGGUAAACUGCAUGCCAACAUUGAAGAGGGUUUUAAGCUGGAGAAGCAAAAGCUGGAAAAAAUAUCAGAUGACGAGGAGAAACGGGACAUGCUGGAGGACUUAAACAAGCAGACUGAGGUCUUUACUUCCCUGUUUGAUCCCUCACGACACGAGCAUCUUUUAAACAAAGGCGAGCGACGAAUUUCUUACAAAGCCCUUCAAGGAGCUCUAAUGAUCAGUUUCUACAGAGAAGAGCCUCGUUUCCAGGUGCCGUUUCAGCUCCUCAAUGCUUUGAUGGAUAUCGACACACUUAUGACCAAGUGGAGAUAUAACCACGUGUGCAUGGUGCACAGAAUGAUCGGCAGCAAAGCUGGGACAGGUGGAUCUUCAGGGUACUAUUACUUGCGCUCCACUGUCAGUGACCGUUACAAAGUGUUUGUGGAUUUGUUCAACCUCGCGACGUUCUUGGUUCCCCGAGCGUGGAUUCCCAAACUGAACCCCCAAAUCCAUACGUUUCCCUACAUGGCCGAGUGUUACGACAGCUCGUACAAUUCAGACAGCAGUCAGGAUUCAGAUUAGAUCGAUCAGAUGCCCUACAGAGAUUAUCAAAGGUUAUGAUUUUCUGACUUGUUUGUUUUUGAUGGCAUAAUAUAAUGAUCAGGAGAACAGGACAUCGGGAAUAAUGCCAAGUGCUCUUUAUAGAUAAAGGUUUAUUCCACAGUUUAUCGAUUCAUGAUGUCAAAUAAGUAUUGCAGGACGAUCUAGUAAAGAAAGCCAAGUGAUUUUUUUAUUGUUUUAAUUUAAUUUUGAUACCUAGAAAAAUCAAGAAUUUGGGUACAUACACUGUAAAAAGUAAAAGUUGGAUCAACUUAAAAAAUUACUUUAAUUGGUAACCACUAAAUCAAGUAUUUUCAACUUAUAUUUUUAUGUGAAAAACACAAAAAAUUAUUUACUUUUUUUAGGUGUUACCAAUUUUUCACUUUUUACAAUGUACCAAUUAUUUAUAUUUUUAACAGUGAAAAUAUAAGAAAAACAUUUGUGCAACAAAACAACAAAAACAUUUUUUUUGUAAAUAUAUAUAUAUAUAUAUAUAUAUAUAUACUGUAUUUUAAAUAUUUUAAAGGUGUAUGCUCUCAAAUAUAUUAAUAAGUCUAAAUGUUAAUUUAUAUACAUGCCUAUGUAUGUUUUACAUGCAGUUAUUGUGCAACAGGUUUAAUAAAUGAUGUUUAAUAAAAAACAUGAAAUUGAUUUACAAAUAAUCAUGGUAGUUUUUUUGCGUAUGCAUCUUGUAAAAACCAAGUACUGUCCUAGAAUUUUCUAGAAUCUCAGGUGACUGAAUGUUGGUAAAUAUUUGUAUGACCUCGAGUUCAAUCACUCUGAUCUGAUGCCAGUGUUUUUGUUUUGAUUUCAGUGACCAUGCCAUAUUUUUUGAAAGGUCAAUAAAAAAAGACUUUUACAUA